AUGAGGGAGUUGAUACUAGCCCUGGCUUUAACCCUUGUGGGGAGCCAGCAUCUUAAUUAUCAACCUGAUUUCAGUGAAAACAAGGCUUUUACAUAUAAUUAUGAAAGUAUACUUCUCAGUGGACUUCCAGAGAAAGGACUUGCAAGAGCUGGAAUAAGAAUGAGAAGUAAAGUGGAAAUUAGUCGUAUUGGGCCAAAACUUUGUUUUCUUAGGAUUCACUCAAUCGAAGCAGCCGAAUACAACGGUGUCUGGCCUACGAGCUCAUUCUCUCGGUCGCUCAAACUGACUCAGGCGCUAACAGGACAACUGAGUAAUCCCAUCAAAUUUGAGUAUAGCAAUGGCCACGUUGGAAACCUUAUGGCUCCUGAGACUGUCUCAGAGGAUGGUCUCAACAUCUGUAAAGGAGUUUUGAGUCUGUUCGAAAUGAGUGUAAAGAAGAUGCAUAACUCAUACAGCUUCCAGGAGGCUAGCAUUGGAGGAAUUUGUAAUACUACCUACACAGUUCAGGAAAACAAGAGAGCAAACAUAGUGUAUGUGACCAAAUCCAAGGACUUGAACAGCUGUGAAGAAAAAGUUCAAAUGGUCACUGGUUCAGCAUACACUCAUCCUUGUCCGACCUGUCAGCAGAGAAACAAGAAUUACCGGGCAACUGCUACUUACAAUUACAAAAUUAAAUAUGCACGUAACGAAGCUGUAAUUACACAAGCUGAUGUCGAGGAAAUCCACCAGUUUGCACCCUUCAAUGAGAUAACGGGAGGAAAUGCUGUCGUAGAAGCAAGGCAGAAGCUUGUAUUGACUGAUGUGCAAAAGCAGAUGGCUGAGAACCCACCAAAGGAAUUUUGGAAACGUGGAUCACUCCAGUACCAGUUUGGCAGCGAAUCGCUUCAGCUUCCUGUCCACUUAUUCAAAAUUAAAAAUGUGGAAAGCCAGAUAGCAGAAGGCCUGCAAGAUCUAGUAGAAAACACACAUGAACAGGUUUCCAGUGAUGCGCCUGCAAAAGCCCUCAAACUUUUGCAGCUUUUCCGUGCAGCAAGCGAGGAGAAUUACGAGUCAGUAUGGAAACAGUACUCAAAUCGGCCGGCAUUCAGGCGCUACCUUUUGGAUAUAAUUCCUUCAGUUGCCACGCAUCAUGCCCUCAGGUUCUUAAGGCAUAAAAUGGAAAGGCAAGAACUCACUAACUGGGAGGCAGCUCAGACAUUGCUUGUCGGUCUGCACUCAAGCGUGCCAACUCGUGAUGUGAUGGAGGAAGCCACACUCAUCGUGAGAAAACAUUGCCCACGCUCAAGUACUGUACUUGGAAAGGUUUGCCAUCUUAGCUAUGCAUCAUUGUGCCAUAAACAGUGUUCUUCAUUGGAUUCCUGCUCUGAAUGUCUCCAGCUACUUCACGGCUUUGCAGGAGAGGCACUGAGCAAGUCUAACACAGAAGAGAUCUCCCUGGCCUUGAAAGCCCUUGCAAAUGUGGGACAUCCAGCCAGCAUCAAGCACAUCAAAAAAUUUUUGCCGGGAUAUGCAUCUGGUGCCUCGGAUCUGCCCCUUAGGGUUCAUGCAACUGCUGUGAUGGCUCUGAAAAACAUAGGCUUGAAAGACCCAAAAAUGGUACAGGUUAUUACUCUUGAAAUUUUCCUGAAUCACAAAAUGCAUCCUCGGCUGCGAAUGUUAGCUGCCUUAGUUUUGCUUGAAACCAAACCAGGUCUUCCUAUAUUGAUGAUGAUAGCUGAUGCUGUGCUGAAGGAACCUAGCAUGCAAGUGGCAAGUUUCAUCUAUUCUUAUCUGAGGGCUCUCGGGAGAAGCACAGCCCCAGAUGUUCAAGAAAUGGCUUCUGCCUGCAGGAUGGCUAUUAGAGUACUAAGCCCCAAAUUUGACAGAUCUGGAUAUCAGUUCAGCAAGGUUUUCCGCUUCAGUAUGUUCAAAGAUUUUCUUAUGACUGGCCUGGCAGCUAAAUAUUUGGUAUUGAAUAAUGCAGGCAGCACAAUUCCAGCAAUGGCAGUGUCCCAGCUGCGGACACAUUUCUUUGGAAGAGUUGCUGAUCCUUUGGAGGUGGGAAUAAGAGCUGAAGGGCUGCAGGAGAUGUUUGCUAAAGGUUACUCCCUUGACCAAGACUGGGAGACUGACUAUGAUUUCAAGGAAAUCCUAAAAAGGCUUUCAGACUGGAAGGCCUUCUCUAGUGACAAACCUUUUCUGUCAGGCUACCUGAAGAUGUAUGGCCAAGAGUUAUACUUUGGCGGACUUGACAAAAACACCAUGCAAAGUGCACUGCAGGCAUGGUAUGGACCUGAUGAAAAAAUCCCUUCAGUAAGGAGAUUAAUCAAUAGCCUUCAAAAUGGUGUAGGGAGGCAGUGGACCAAGACUUUACUGUGCUCUGAGAUGCGCCAUAUUGUGCCUACCUGCUCUGGAUUCCCACUGGAGACAAGCUUCUAUCAUGCCUCUGUCACAAAAGCAGCAGGAAAUGUUCAAGCACAGAUUACACCUUCUCCAAGGUCAGAUUUCAGACUGAGUGACUUACUAAAUGCCAACAUUAGGCUGCGAUCCAAAGUGAGUCUAAGCAUGGCUAAGGACAUGACUGUUGUAAUGGGGAUCAAUACACAAAUGAUCCAGGCAGGACUGGAAGCGCGUACCAAAGUGAAUGUUCACGUCCCUGUGAGUGUUGUUGCCACUGUCAAUAUGAAGGAAAAAAGCUUCAAAGUUGAAAUUCCAGCAUGUAAAGAAGAAACUAACAUUAUUACUUUAAGGUCUAAGACAUUUGCUGUCACACGAAAUGUCGAAGAUUUGGCUGCAAGUAAGAUGACUCCAGUUCUUCUACCUGAAGCAGUGCCUGACAUAAUGAAGAUGUCCUUCGAUUCAGAUUCUGCAUCAGGCGAGACUGAUAACAUCAGGGACAGACAGUCUGCAGAAGAUGUUUCAAGAGAAAAUUCCUUCUCCAUUGGACACUCAUUUUCCCGGAAGGAACCAUUUGUUCACUCCAUGUGCUCCAAUGCAAGUACAUUUGGAGUUCAAAUGUGCGCUGAGAGGAAAAGCAUACAUGCAGCGUUUAUCAAAAAUGUGCCUCUUUAUUACCUUGUUGGAGAACACUCAGUUAGAGUGAGCUUCAAACCAGUUUCUACAGAGGCACCUAUUGAAAAAAUACAAGUCACAAUUCAAGCAGGGGCCCAAGCUCCUACAAAAAUGGUACGGCUAGUAACAUUUGAAGAUCCAGAGACACAAGCAUCUUCCAGCAAAGAAGCAGUUAAAAGAGUGAAGAAAAUCCUUGAUGAUACUGAUGGCCAGGGGACAAGAAAAUCAAGAAGCUCAUCAUCCAGUGCCAGCAGCACCAGUGGAAGCACUGAGAGUACAACGAGCAGCCCCUCCAGCAGUGACUCUGACAGCAGGGCUUCACAGGGAGGCUCCCAGAUAAAUCUGAAAACAAAACAGUCUAAAGCCAAAGCAAAGAAGUUCUAUCCCUUUGGGGACAGCAGCAGCAGCAGCAGUAGCAGUAAGAGCAGUAGUGGAAGUAGCAGCAGUAGUAGUAGCAGCAAGAGCAGUAGUAGAAGCAGCAAGAGCAGCAGUAGUAGCAGCAGCAGCAAAAGCAGUAGGAGCAGCAGCAGUCAAAGCAGCAGCAGCAGCAGCAAAAGCAGUAGGAGCAGCAGCAAGAGCCGCAGCAGUCAAAGCAGCAGCAGUGGGAAAAGUAGGAGCAGUAGCAGCAGGAAAAGCAGUAGUAGCAGCAGCAGAGCAUCUGGUAUGGAAGGUGCAGGCAGAAAGCAUCCUGAGACCACUUCAUUUCCACAUGCCAGUGCUGCUGUUGGAGGGAGAAGUGUUCAUGAGCAGAAGUCUAAAAUGCAGAGCAGCAGCAGUGGCAGCAGCAGGAGCAGCAGCAGUGAAAGUGUACCCCAUGGCCACAGCCAGGAGCACUCCAGCAGAUACGACAGGCGAGCUGGAACAAAUCACGUCAAGUCCCAAUUUAACAGUCACAGUAGUUACGACGUUUCCACAGAAUGGGUAAAAGUUUCUAAUGCUAUGACUACUACUAGCAGGAGACCCUCACUGAUGUACCAGCUCCGCUUCAGAUCUGGCCACGUCCAUUGGCAUCCGGAUCAGAAGGUAUCAGGCAGCUCAUCAUCUUCCUCCGCAUCAGGAAGCAGUCACAGCAACAGCAGUAGCAGCAGCAGCAGCCACCACCACGCAGGAAAUCCUGGCAGCAGCUCUCGGAGGAGCCACGUUAGCAGAGGAACCGGCAUUGAUCACCGGAGUGAUUCCAGCUUAACACGUGAGCGCAACUUCCUGGGAGAAGUUAUUCCACCUGGCAUUACGAUUGUGGCACAGGCAGUAAGGAGUGACAACAGAAAUCAAGGUUAUCAAGCUACAGCAUAUGUUCGUUCUGAUGCUGCCAAAGUUGAUGUGCAACUAGUUGUGGUUCAGCUGGCUGAAACCAGUUGGAAAGCAUGUGCUGAUGCUGUAAUACUGCCUCUGAAAGCACAGGCCAGGCUGAGAUGGGGCAAGGAGUGCCGGGACUACAGGAUAGAAGGCAGGGCUACCACGGGCCAGAUGGCGAGGAAACCAGCCGUGCAGCUGAAGGUGCAGUGGGGAAAUCUUCCAUCCUGGAUAAAGAGGACAAGCUCAGAAUUCAUGCAGUAUGUUCCUGGAGCAGCACUCAUGUUGGGCUUCUCAGAAGCACAUCAGAGAAAUCCAUCUCAUGAAUUUACAGUAAGGGUAGCUGCAACAUCUCCACGAACAAUUGAUGCAGUAGUUAAAACUUCUACGGUAACAUUUUACUACCAGGCAUUCCGCAUUCCAUUCACUCUGCCCUUAGGCCCAUCUUCAACUUAUGAGGCUCAAGAUAUCACUGCUUGGAAUUUCCUUCCUGCAAUAGCCUCACAAAUAGCACAAGAAGAUCAAUCCACAUGUGAAGUCAGCGAGGGAGAAUUCAACACAUUUGAUCAUGUGAACAGUACAUACUCUUUCAAUAAAAGCUGCAGCCUGAUAGUGGCCCAAGACUGUACUGAACAUCCAAAAUUCAUCAUUACUACAAAAAAGGUUGAUCCAAAGUCCUUCUCAAGAGAGGUUCACAUAAAUACAAGCUCACUAAACAUCACAAUCUGUCCUGUACCAGAUUCAUCUCUUCUUGUGACAUGCAAUGAAGAGCCAGUCCUAACACAUAGUGAAGAUUCUGAGUAUGAAAAAGGCAAUAUUAAAAUUUAUAAAAACGGGACAACAGUUAUUGUGGAAGCUCCAACAUAUGGACUGAAGAAUGUGACUUUUGAUGGUGUGAUCCUUAAGGUUACUGUUGCUUCAUGGAUGAGAGGAAAGACCUGUGGAGUUUGCGGAAAUAAUGACCGAGAAAAGCACAAUGAACUCCUAAUGCCAAAUCAUAAACUGGCCCACAGCUGUUCUGCUUUUGUUCAUUCGUGGGUGCUGCUAGAAGAUACUUGCUCUGAUGGGUGCAAACUACAGCGCAGUUAUGUGAAGCUGAAUCGAAAUCCUACUGUUGAUGGAGAAGAAUCUACGUGCUACUCUGUUGACCCAGUACUGUUCCCAAAAGAUACAGCUGUAAGCCUGCUGGAAUGGCAAAGAAGCAGUGAUAAGAAGUCUGCAUCUGAGGAUGUUGUGGAGUCUGUGGAUGCCGACAUUGAUUGCACCUGCACUGGCACCUGUAGUUAAACUCAAUGCUUUAGUGUUGUGCUACAGCCAUACUAGACAAAUAAUUGAAUAGCUGGACAGGUAAGAAGGGAAUACAAUAACUGUAGUAAAAUAUUAAGAAAUGUGCUAGAAGAAAAUAAGCCCACUGCAUUGCAUCCCAAGUGACAUGCAUUAUGUACAGUCUGCACUGCUUAAUAAAUAUGUUGUUCAUUAAAUAAG